CCGUAAAGCCGGCGUGCCCACGUGCGACAAGUUGUCACUGGGAACCGUGUGUUUGGUUGGUGUGUGUUUUAUUUUUUGUGGUGGCGAGCUUGACGUUCCCGCUAUGGGCAAACGCCGGAACCGUGGCCGCAGCCAGCUGCUCAGCACAAUGACCAAGAAGCAGAAGAAGCACCUCCGCGACUUCGGCGAGGAGCACCCCUUCUACGACAGGGUUUCCAAGAAGGAAGUCAAGCCGCAGAUUUGUCAACUGUCUGAGAGUUCAGAUUCUUCACAUUCUGAAAGUGAAUCAGAGAGUGAGCAAGAGCAGGUUUCAGGGUACCACAGACUGCUUGCUACAUUAAAGAAUGUUUCUGAGGAAGAGGAGGAAGAAGAAGAGGAGGAGGAGGAGGAAGAUGGCAGUGCUAUAGGUGAUGCAGAAGUGAAUGAAGAUGCCAGUGAAGAUGGCAGUGAGGAAGAGACUGAUGCUCCAGAGUCUGCUGAGACACGGGAACGUAUGUCUGUAGCUGACAACGCAAAAGAAAAGGAUGGAGAAGAGCCACCUGUUACACCACAGAGAUCCUCAGAGGGGUUCACAGAUGUGAAGCACGAGUCACUGUUCAGCCUGGAAACUAACUUUCUAGAAGAGGAUAGUGGGGGCAGUUGUUCCCAGAGGGCAUCCCAAGAUCCAUUUCAACAACAUGUCAACAAACAACUGAAAGAAAAGGAAAUUCAAGCUGCUGCUUCAAGCCCUCCAGCUACCCAGCAACUGAAAUGGCCAGUCCUGGGACAUCUUGUCUUUUCAUCAAAGUUCCAGAACACGGAAACAUUUAAACCUCCAAAGGAUAUUGACCUAAAGUCACUUCAUCUUCAGAAGCCUCUAGAAUCCACCUGGGCAAAAACCAAUAGCCAAUUUCUACCUAGUCCUCAAAAAUCAAACAGCUCCUUUACCCCACUCCAGAAAGAGCUGUUCUUAAUUAUGAAUUCUUACCGGGACCUGUUCUACCCUGAGAGGACUGCCCUGAAGAAUGGAGAAGAAGUCCGUCAUGUGUACUGCCUGCAUGCCAUAAACCACGUCCUCAAAGCCAAUGCUCAAGUGCUGGCUAACAACAGUAGGCGCCGGAGCCAGAAAUUUGGGGUGGGUGAAGAUGAUGACUUCAGGGACCAAGGGCUCACCAGGCCUAAGGUACUUAUAGUGGUGCCUUUCCGGGAAGCUGCCCUUCGGGUGGUCCAGCUCUUCAUCAGCCUCCUUGAGGGGGACAGCAAGAAGAAAAUCAUUGUAAGCAAUAAGAAGAGGUUUCGGGAGGAGUAUGGAUCCGAUCCUGAGGAGAGACCUCCCAACCUGAAGAGGCCUGAGGAUUAUGAAGCUGUGUUCGUGGGCAAUAUUGAUGACCACUUCCGGAUUGGAGUGGCAAUACUUCAGAGAAGCAUCCGUCUCUAUGCCCCGUUUUACUCCUCCGACAUCCUCAUUGCCUCCCCCCUGGGCUUGAGGACCAUCAUUGGUGGUGAAGGAGAAAAGAAAAGAGAUUUUGACUUCCUGUCUUCUGUUGAGCUUCUCAUCAUUGACCAGGCUGACAUUUACCUGAUGCAGAACUGGGAACAUGUCUUGCAUUUGAUGAACCACAUGAACCUGCUACCCUUGGACUCACAUGGCGUGGACUUCUCUAGAGUACGCAUGUGGAGCCUCAAUAACUGGUCCAAGUACUACCGCCAGACCCUGCUCUUUGGUGCCCUGCAGGAUGCCCAGAUCAACUCUGUGUUCAACAAACACUGUGUCAAUGCUCAAGGCCAGGUGGCUGUGAGGAAUGUCCCCAUGACGGGCUCCAUCAGUCAUGUGUUGGUGCAGCUCCCUCACGUCUUCCAAAGAAUGGAAGCACAAGACCUAGCUUCAGUAAUUGAUGCCAGGUUUCACUUUUUCAUAAACAAGAUUUUGCCUCAGUACCGGGAUGCUGUCAUGUCUCACACACUCAUCUAUGUCCCCUCCUACUUUGACUUUGUACGUCUCCGAAAUUACUUCAAGAAAGAAGAGCUGAACUUCACACACAUCUGUGAGUAUACACAGAAGUCUGGGAUCUCCAGGGCUCGACACUUCUUUCUCCAAGGAGAGAAGCAGUUUCUGCUCCUCACAGAACGCUUCCAUUUCUACAAAAGGUACACAAUAAAGGGCAUCAGGAACCUGAUAUUCUAUGAACUGCCAACAUACCCUCACUUCUACAGUGAGGUCUGUAAUAUGCUGAGAGCCACCAGCAGAGGAGAGGAGGCCACGUGGACGUGCACUGUGCUGUAUUCCAAGUAUGAUGCCCAGAGGCUGGCGGCUGUGGUUGGUGUGGAGCGGGCGGCACAGAUGCUGCAGUCUCCAAAGAAUGUUCACCUCUUUAUCACCGGAGAAAAAUGAGUGUGGAGUAGGACAGACUACAUUGAUGGACCUCAUAGACCUGAUCUGUUCACUGUCCCAGGAGCAGGCUCCAGACCGUCUUUGUCCUGGGUCACUGGAAAGUGCAGUGUGACCAGUGUGGAUAGCCACAGCUGUCGGGGCCCAGAGCAGCUAAAGGAUUGCAGCACUGAGAAACUGAGGCUUGUGCUUGCCACACUCUGUAAGCUGGAACUUCUCACUUAGGGUUUUAUUUUUUUAAUUUAAUUUUUAUUUUAUGUGUAUUGGUGUUUUGCCUGCGUUUAUGUCUGUGUGAGGGUGUUGGAUCCCCUAAAACGAGUGCAGACAUGUUGUGAGUUGUCAUGUAGGUGCUGGGAAUUGAGCCUGGGUUCUCUGGAAGAGCAGUGUGCUCUAACCUGCUGAGCCAUCAUCGCUCCAGCCCCAUGGUUUUAAUUUUUAUUUGGGGAAGAUGCUCUGACUUGCCUGUCCAUUUUUUCUUAAAGUGUUGCUGUUACUGCCCGUGGGCCUGGCUGAGAGCUCAAGGCGUCCUGGGCUGUGUCCCAGUCUUGGCACUUUACUUUCCUAGCCAAACUUUCAAAAAGUUAUACUCUAACCUAGAAGAGUACAUUUAUUCACUGAUCUUUUUAGAUUCUUCCCGGUGUUUUAAUAGCUAAGAUGUACAUUUACCAAUCACGUUGUAUAAAGCAUUUAUUUCUACAGUUCAAGUAACACCAUUUGGGACCCAAGGUUGAUUUUUGUCCUCAGCACCAAGUUGGUUUUUGAAUUGUGUAACAGGUGAAAAUGAGAAGAAAGAUCAUAGUUUUAAAAUCAAGAAGCAUUAUUUUAAAUUCUUUUAUAAAAACAAAACUAUUGCAAAUAAGAA